AUGUCACCGGCGGGUCGGCGCCUCUGGUGGCCGCCGCUGGCUCUGGUGGCCGUGUCUAUCUGCAGCGGCUGCGGGCCACCUCUGCCGCGGCCGCUCGACGGUGAGGGCGCGGAAGGUGAGGUGAGGGGGCGCGAUGAGCAGCGUCCUCCGCCGUCCCAGCCAACCACCCGCCCUGACGACCUCCUCCACCCGUCAUCGGCGCCCGCGCGCACCCGCAAGCUCGCCCGCCGCGUGCGCUCUGCACUGAACAUCAUCCAGCCCAACUACGACGCAAGUCGCCGAUUUCUCCAACUCCGCGCCGCCAUCUUGUGCUCAUCUGGAUUUCCAUGGAAGGGGAAGGAGCCCGUGCCGGUGGCCGUGGCCGUCGGUGUUCGCUCGCUGCUCCGCGCCGCCGCGGUGCUAGCUCCGUCGGAUCUCCGCUUUGCCCUGGGGGGAGCACCCUACCCUGGCGGCAUGCAAGUGAAUGUGCCCUGCUUCCACCGCGCCACAUCCAUCGAGCUACAAGGGCUGGACCUUGCGUUCGCCGAGUCGUCACCCAAAUGCUUCCCCUCGCUCGAGAGGCUCGUCCUCUCCGGAUGCCGCGCCACCAUAAGCAACUGGGUCCGCCGCUCCCCGCGGCUGCUCGUUCUCAGAGUCAGCACGGUCACCAAUGAUGGCCUCAAAAUCAUCAUCGUCAGAUCCAAGUCGCUGCAGGAGCUCAGCGUGGAGACCAAGAUCCCGUUUUUGGGAAAUAAGCCGCCCCUUUUAGAUAACGUUAACAUUGAGGCCCCUCUACUCAAGCAAUUGACCAUCUCCUUCGCCGCCGGUGGCUAUUAUAACAAUUUGUUGGUCUCCGUUUCGGCGCCACUGCUAGAGAAGGUCUCCUGGAAGUGUGCUUACUUCACAGCCGCUGCCGGCCUUGGUCGUUGGGGCCUCUUGCAUGUGGGAUUAAAGCCGGUGGAGACCAACAACGGACAGGGUCACCUUCCUCACAUCCAUGUCCUGUCCCUGUCAGCGGAAACUCAUAGCUCAUAUAUGUUUUCAGGGGCAGCGCAAGAGCUCAGAUUUAAGGCGGAGAUCAAGAAACAUAUGCUUAUCGGUUUCUCCAUGCUGGAGCUACGCAUCAUGACGUCAGGCCAUGUUUACGGAGCAUUUGCAUUGCGCGUCCUUGAGCUGGAUGGAAUUUUUGCUCUUAUAAAAACUCUUAAGAUUGUCCUAGUGACAUCAGAGGGGAAAGAAGCAUGCCCAGAAAAUUGCCGUUGUGAGGAGCCCAAGGACUGGAGAACCCAAAGCAUCUACUUGCCCAAUCUUGAAGAAGUGGAAAUCAGAGGAGAAGAUCAUGAGUUUGAUUUCUGGAAACUGGUAAUCAGUGGUGCACCAAAUUUGAAAAGAGUGGUGAUGGACAAGCCAUCAAAUGAGGUCAAAAUGGACAGUUGGCGCAUGAAAAUUAUCACCAUCCUUGGUCCUGGCAUAGCCAUUGCUGGUGGAUGCGAUGGAGCAUGAUACUUCAUACAUAAGAUGACUGUUUGGUUUGAUGUGCUAAUGUGCUGAAACGGUUCAACAGGUGAAGGAAUGGCUGCUACAGUUGUUAGCUGUCGCUGAGUUUGUUGCAUCACAUCAACAUGGUCGGCGGUUUUUAUAUGCUAUGUGCAAAAACAAGUGGUGCCUUAGUCUUGCAUUCACAUCAGCAUGUAAUGUAGCAAGAUGCUUUUGAAUACGUAACCCGGGGAAUUUCAGUUUAAUCAUCCUAGUAUGAUUUCAAGUC